GGAACGCCUGGCUUAUAGGAGCUGUUGGUGGACCCUGUUGGAAUGUGAUGCGUUCUUUCUUGAGAGAUUUUCCACACCAUAUUUCCCUGUAUGAUUUCCUCAGUUGAAUAUCGACACUUUUUAAGGUGCAGUUUUGGUAUCUGGAAUUUAUUUUUUUAUCAAGUUUUAAUAUAAAAUCAUUUUGUGUUUAUUGUCACGACCUUGUUAUUGGGCUUCCGCCCUAAGUUGAUCUUUGAACGCAAUUGAAAACUCGUUAACGCAAAUAUCUUUCUAAGCAACGAUUACUGUCAAACAACAAAGUCAAGAAAACAGUCAAGCUGCUUGUGUUAUUUGAGGUAACUUGGAUCUUUUGAUCAAGUAAGAGACGUUAAUAAUGAGCAUCCAAAACCAAGUGCAGUCAGACACCGAGACAUCGCUAACAUCUAACACUAGCGAUCAUAUUCACGACGAAGAGCCGCCAGCUAUUAUUGUAGGAUUCAAGAACCCACUGCUUGCAUCUGUUAUAACUACUUUAUGUCUGAUUAUCAUCUGGGCCGUCGCUUUGCUGCCAUUGUACUUUUACUUAUCGCCUCUGCCUUCGCCCGCAGAAGGACCGGCCACGAAUUCCAGCAAUUUGACUUUACCUCACUAUCCAUGCAACGCGCCACUCAUCUUGAAUCCAGUAACACAUUUGUGCACUCUGCCUUGUGGUUGGAGGAUGUUCACGCCCCUGCAAGCCAAGGCUGGGAACAUCGUGGACAACAUCUCCCUUGUUGUCAGUCUACUGGGAUUUCUUUUUAUCUUUGCAACAUGGAUGGCCAUCAAGCAACUGCGCAUGUUCCCUCACAUAAUCCCGCUGUAUAUACAGUGCCUUUCCUCUAUAAUUUCUUUUGUGAUCGUUGUUGGUAAUGGUAUGGGUCAAGAGAAGUCAUUUUGCACGGAUGAGUUCUAUCCAGUUCCUGAAAAGCGCCAGACUUCUUUCUGCACAGCCCAGGGCCUCAUCAUACAGUACCUGUCCAAUGUUCUUGCUCUUUGGUUCGUUGUCUACAGUUUCACUUUGUUAAAGAUGAUCAACUCAAAUACCAUCAACCCACGUCAAAACACACAAACACCCCACCUUUUGUACUCUGCAAUUUGCUGGCUUCUUCCUAUCAUUUCUGUUGCCAUGGUUUUGAGCAAGGACAAGUAUGCUCCGUUUAUUAUGCGCAUUUGUGCACCAAGUAAUAGCAAGUAUGCCUACUUCACCAACAGUGCCAUCACCCAGCUGGCGCAGGGCGUUGGCUGUACCUGUCUCUUCUUUGUUGUCUACAAGCUUUGUCAGAUGUGCAACCUAGAUGGGGUUGCCGGCAUCCAGGCCCAAAGCAGACGCAAGAACAUGGAUAAGAUUGCUAUCCGUCUGGUCUGCCUGAUGUUUGCCUACGCUAUGUGUGUCGCCCUGGUGUAUAUCCCGACAUGUGUUCAACUGAGACAUAAGAAUCUGUUGCAGUUUUAUGUCAAAAAAUAUGUCGCUUGCCUGAUGUUUGCUCAAAGUUCUGAUUUUUGCCCUAAAGAAUAUGAACAGUUCACCUUUGCAGACACCUGGAUAGCCUCCUAUCUUAGCUCUGCCUUGUUUGCCAUUUCAACUGUAAGUUUCCUGGCAUUUAACAAGCAGUCUCGUCAUCUGUGGGCACACUGGUGGAAUCUGAUAGUUCUGUGUUGCUGUCCACCAGAACAGGAAAUGAUUGAGGUCCAUAAGUCAGGCUAAUAAAAAUAUAUGACUUGUGCGACAA